AUGGGAACCUCCAAAGCACCGCCUGCCGUGCACACAAAGGAAAUCUGGGCAACUGGAGGCUGGUCGUGUGCGCUGCUCCCCAUCUGGGAGCUCCAACCCCGGCUGAUCGCUGGAAGCGCGCACAGUGGAAAUGGCCACGCUAUGAGACACACACAGGCGACGCCUCGCCAACCCACUGCUCCCCGACUUAUCAAAAGUCAACUACUUCCGACUGCAAUCUAUAAUGUUCCUGGCAACGGCGCUGCCCAUCUCCCGUCACCGGUUCCCACCGCACUGAAACGAUCAAACCCGUGCGGUCAAUUCCGCAAUAACUCCCAAUCCUACAAGCGCAUCGCUUCGAGAGUACAACCACCGUGCAAACCCGCUGAUCAUCUCCAGCCGCAGAACCAACAUCGUGAUUGUUUUCUACCAAAGGGACUCCCUGCCCUACAAACACACACAUGCAAUCGCUCGGUUCCAGAGCUGAGUGACUUCUGCCUGAGUGAGGUGGUUCAAAUGAAGGGGAGCCCAGCAGCUCAAGUUUUAAUUUAUUAUGUGGACCCAGGAGGAGCAGGGGUUUUCCUCCCAUCACCACACACAAAUACUCGUGUGGUAGCUCCCCCUGACAAGCUGUCAAUAACAAAUUUCUUCCCUGGAUUUUCUCAAAAACUAUUGGGGACCUUGUUGGAUAAAUGGGAGAACUGUGCGGAAACUAACAAUCCAACUCCUUCCAGUGCCGGAGGAUUGGACCAGAAGAAAGAACAGAGAAACAUUGGCUCUUCAAUCUUACUGCAAAUCAUUUAG